UUGAAUUUCCAGAUCUUUCUGAAAAUUCAACUUUACAUUUAAAGCAAAUUGGGUUAUUUGGUGAUGGCUUGUUUGAUAAAAUUAUAUCUGUUUCUUGUAUUGAGGGUGAUGCGGCAUUGGUUUCUAAUAUUGAAGUAUUUGGUUCUGAUAUUGACGUUGGUGAACUGGUAUUUAUCUCUAACGUUGAAGGUGGUGAACUAGUAUUUAUUUCUAAUGGUGAAGAUAGUG